UGGGCCUUGCUGACCUCGUGACCUCGCACGGGUGUCGCGUGAGCCUCACGUGGGCCUCAGGUCAUGGCCAGCUGGGUGUUCUGUAAUCGCUGUUUCCAGCCACCGCACAGGAAGUCGUCCUUCAGCCUGACCAGCUGCGGGCAUGUGUACUGCGACGCCUGCCUUCGAAAAGGUAAAAAAGAUGAAUGCUUGAUCUGUCAAGUUCCAUGUAAUACAGUUUUACUUUCAAAAAAUACUAACUCCAAUAUCCAGACAUUCUUUCUGGGCAUAGAUGGUUUGUGUAAGAAGUAUUCCCAGGAGACCUCUCAGAUUUCAGAAUUUCAAGAAAAACACAGGAGGAGACUGGUGGCCUUCUAUCGAGAAAAGAUUUCUCAGUUGGAGGAGUCCCUCAGGAAGUCAGUGCUACAAAUCAAGCGACUACAAAGAAUAGAAUCAAUGGAAAUUGACCUGACUCCUCCAGCAAGAAAGCCUGAGAUGGCAGCAGGCCCUUCAAGAAUCUCUCUGAUUAGUCCACCUCAGGAUGGACGCAUGGGCAGUGUCUCCUGCAGGGGACCCCAGCAACUCAGCUUGACACCCAGCCAUGCAAGCAUGACAAAGGCUAUCAGAGUCCCACCAUUGCAGAUGUCCUACAAGGAACUAUCACCAGCUCCAGCAUCACAGUUAUCCAGCAAAGCAGCACAAGGGCCUUCUCCCAGCAUUAGUAGUUCAUGGAUUGGACUACCCCGGCAGCCCAUCAGCAUUUCAGGCCUGCUGCAGAGGCAGUGUGCAGGGUCAGCAUCCCCUGGGGGGAUGGACACUGAGAAGAUGAGCCCAUUCUUGCCUUCCACACCUGCAAAUCUACGCUCUACAUCCAGCCCCUGGCAUAUGUGUAUUCCUCGGUAAAUAUCACUGACUAUACAGUUCAUUCUAGAGAAAUGACAUAACUAAAUAAAGUAGCUUUCUGAUAAA